AUGUCAGUCGAAGCAAAAACAUUCACGAACAAAUCUAAUGGCGAAACAUUCACAAAAGGCACUUAUAAUGGUAUUAAAGUCUUACGUAGAGACAAGGAUGGUUACAUUAAUGCAACAAAUAUGUGUCAGCAGUUUAGGAAAGACUUUAGAAAGUUGUUGGAAAAUAAGUCCUGGGAAGAGUAUUAUAAGGCAUUUUGUGAAGAAUAUAGCAACCGCCGGAAUUCAGACAGUUGCUUUUUAUACAAAAUUCAUGCAGGAAUUCCUGAUAAAAUCAAACAGGUUAGAGGAACGUAUGUAGACCCAAGACUUAUAAACUAUAUAGCAAUGUGGGCUUCUCCAAAAUAUUGCAUAGAAGAUAAAGCAAGAACUUUUAACAAGUAA